AUGGUGUGUGUCAGCCUCCAGCGACCCACUUGGAAAUGGCAAGUACUGAGUUUGUUUUCGCUCUGCGGCUGGGGCUGGGUCUCCGGGCAGAUCCGCUACUCGGUGGUUGAGGAGUCGGAGGUGGGGACCGUGGUUGGGAACGUGGCCAAGGACCUAGGCUUGAAGGUGGAAGAGCUGUCCGGUCGCAGGCUGCGCCUGGGCUCGGAGGAGAGUCUGCGCUACUUCGCCGUGCGCCUGGAGAGCGGCGCGCUGGUGGUGAGCGAGCAGCUAGAUCGGGAGCGCCUGUGCGGAGCCGCUGCCAGCUGCGUGCUGUCGGUGCAGGUGGUGACGGAGAACCCUCUGGAGCUCUUCCGCCUCGAAGUGGAGAUCCUGGACCUAAACGACAACUCCCCGAGCUUCCCCACCUCCCACCGCACGCUGCGCAUCUCCGAGUCCGCUACCGCGGCUGCGCGCUUCCCCCUGGAGAGCGCGCAGGACCCCGACGUGGGUACCAACACCGUGGGCUCCUACCGGCUGAGUCCCAACUCCCACUUCUCCCUGGAUGUCAAGCAGUUGAAGGACGGAAAGCUCUUCCCGGAGCUGGUGCUGGAGCGCACACUGGACCGGGAGGAGCAGCCCGAACUGCAGCUGGUGCUGACGGCCGUGGACGGGGGCAGCCCGGCCCUCUCGGGCACGGCUCAAAUAACGAUCCUGGUCCUGGACAGCAAUGACAACGCGCCCUCCUUUGACCGCACCGUAUACAAGGUGCGAGUGCCGGAGAACACGCCCACAGGGGCUCUGCUCCUCCAACUCAACGCGUCAGAUCCCGAUGAGGGUCCCAACGGGGAGACGCAGUACUCCUUCGGGGUGCACACCCCCGACUCGGUCCGAGGACUUUUCACCCUGGAUCCCCACAGCGGGGACGUGCGGGUGAGCGGUGCCCUGGACUUCGAGGAAUCGCCUUUCUACGAGAUCCACGUACGAGCUCGCGACGGCGGCAUGCCGGAGAUGGAGGGCCACUGCGUGCUCCAGGUAGAAGUGGAGGACGCCAACGACAACCCCCCAGAGGUGCUUCUCACCUCCCUGCUCAACCCGCUGCCGGAGGACACCCCGCCGGAGACCGUCGUGGGACUCUUCAACGUGCGGGACCGAGACUCGGGCGCCAAUGGGGAAGUGAGCUUGGCGAUUUCGCCCAACGUGCCUUUUGCCGUCCGCUCCCUUCAGAACCACUACUCACUGGUCACCCGGGAGAGCCUGGACCGAGAAACCACCCCGCAGUACGCGGUGGAGCUGGUGGCCCGGGAUGGCGGCUCCCCUGCCCUCACCACGAGGCUCACGCUGCUCCUCAACAUCUCCGAUGUGAAUGACAACGCGCCGCGCUUCUCCCAGGCCUCCUACGACACCUUCCUUCUGGAGAACAACCCGCCGGGCUCCUUGCUCUGCACCAUCUCCGCCUCAGAUCCCGACGAUGGGGUCAAUUCCCGGCUCGUUUACUCCAUUGAGGGCGGCCACACUCAGGGCGCCCCCACCUCUUCCUUCGUCCACAUCGACCCCGACAGUGGUCAUCUGUACGUCCCGCCCGACUUGCAGGUCCUGCCGGUCACUGUGGCCGUGCGGGACUCGGGGUCCCCCCCGCUUCGCGCCAACGUUACCGUCUACAUCUUCGUGCUGGACCAGAACGACCACCCUCCCCGCGUGCUGCACCCCGCCGGCGGUAGCGACGUCCCGGCGCCCCAGAGGGUGCCACUGUCUGCCCCGCCGGGCUACCUCGUCACCAAAGUGACAGCGGUGGACGCGGACGCUGGGCACAACGCCUGGCUCUCGUACCACCUCCUGCCACAGUCCACCGAGCCCUCCUUGUUCCGCGUGGUCCCCUACACCGGGGAGGUGCGCACGGCGCGCGCCCUCCGCGACACUGACGUGGCAGCGCAGCAGGUCCUCGUCCUGGUGCAGGACAACGGGGACCCGCCGCUGUCCACCACUGUCACCAUCGCUGUGGUCCUGGAGGAAGCGGCCACGGAGGAGAGCUACAAGCCUCGGGAUUUCCUGGCUGGGACCAAAGAGAAGCCGGAUCUGACCCUCUACCUCAUCAUCGCGCUGGCAGCCGUGAGCACCAUGGCGCUUGCCACCUUCACCGUCCUUGCCGCCUGCUGUGUGCGGCGCAGGGGCCGUGCCACCGGCUCGCCAUGCUGCUGCUGGCUCAGCGAGUCGCCGUCCCGGGACUUCUUCAAGCAAGCCAGCCCGAAGCUGCAGCUCAGCUCCGACGGCACACUCAAGUACAUGGAGGUCACCCUGCGACCCACCGACUCGCAAAGCCAAUGCUACCGCACCUGCUUCUCUCCCGGCUCCGACAGGAGCGAUUUCACCUUCAUGCGGCCUUGUCCGGCCCUGGGCACCCUAGCGAGGGAAACUGAUUCGUUCCUCUCCGCUACCGGUACCCUGCAAGGCCCCAGCCAGCUCCUCUGCCCAGAUCCGCUACACCAUCCCGGAGGAGCUCACCCGGGGCGCCUUCGUGGGCAAUAUUGCUAA